AUGAGAUCCGAUUUGUCGGACGACAAAAAAAUUCUCCAAAUCGCUGCGGCCGAGGUUGCAGAAUCCUCGGAUACUAGUGGAUUUUUCGAACUGACCAGUAAUGGCUCCACGGGGCACAACGGCCACCGGUCGGAUGAUUUAGCGAACCUGGCAAAUGAUUAUUUGAACAUUCCGAGAGCAACAUCUAGACCGAAACGAUCCGCUCGAAGGCUACAAACGGAAUCUGCCCUCGAUCCUGAUAUGACCGAUUCAAGCUCGCAAAGUGACGACACUAGCUGUGGAAGUAGUCGCAACGGCAGCCGUGGCGGCAGCAAUAGUAGUCGAAAUGCGUCCUCACAAAACCAAAGUGCAGCAGCAGCAGCGAGGCGUCGGAAGGGAGUUCUGAAUGCGAAGGAACGCAACCUUCGACGAUUAGAAUCCAACGAACGGGAACGAAUGCGAAUGCACAGCCUCAACGACGCAUUUCAGUCAUUAAGGGAAGUCAUACCACACGUUAAGAAAGAAAGACGGCUGUCCAAGAUAGAAACGCUCACAUUGGCCAAGAACUACAUCACGGCUCUGACCGACGUUAUCAUCGUGAUGCGCGGCGAGGGAGACAUUCUCGGCCCAGUGACAGCAGCCACAGCAUCAUCGAACACGGUGCAGAACAAUUGCAUCCUGAAGGCGGAAGCCGAUCCCCGACAACAACAACAACAACAGCAUCAUCACCAUCAUCACCCCCUUCAGCUUCCUGAUCAGAUUUCGUCCAAUAUAUCCGCUCUUGGCGAGCUGAACAACGGUAUCGGUCAGCAUCGGCAGCAUGAAAACCAUCACCAUUCCGGUCUCUCGAGUGAUUGCCAGAACCACCGGAACAGCAACAACAACAACAACAACAACAACAAUAAUAAUAACCUCAGUAUCGCCAACUAUAACCACAACAGCAGUAACAACGGACCCACCCCCAAUAACAACAAUAACAACAACAACAAUAGCGCAAGUAGUAUAGACAUUGAAAACAGCUUCUACGAAGAUCCAUUUCAAAUGAUGUAAUCCCCACUUACCACUCGGCAGGUGAUGCGAUCGGAAUUAUUUUUCCACUAUUUGGUGCUAUUUUCUGCUGACGUGAUGACCAGGGUUGCCAAACACAUCUGGAGGGGUUUGAUGGACAUUCAAUCGCGGAUUAACAAUAACUUUUGAAGGCCGAAAACAUUCAGAUUUACCAACUUAAUCUAUGAGAAUGAUUUAAUUACUGUUUUGCAGUUUUUUGAUGCAUGUGUUUUCGAGCUUGCCAUACACUAAAUCGUGUUAUUUCGCAUUGGAAUCACAACUAAACACUGAUUGAAAUGACUCAUACCGUACCCAAACUAGCGUAUUUCAUCUACGACAGAAAUAAUACUUUUUCAUAUGCAGAAGGGUCAAAUGAGCAAAUCACGAGCUGUUUCCAAAGCUUUAAAAUGUUUGUAUGUGUGGGAGCAGACAUCUCUUUCUUUUUUUCUUUUUUCAUCUCUUUUACCAAAGAAAAAUCCCAUACAGUGACAACGGGAAUCGACCCAAACCAAAUGGAAUGCAAGGCUGUUCAACUCGACCACGCUAUCCACAUAGCUAUUGGUGCUGUUGUUUUUUUUUAUCUGUAUUAUAGUGACUUUCAACUCAUUUGGCUGGUUCGUCACUUUUUCUUCCAUUUUUGGAAGAAUGUCGGGAGUGAGAAUUGAACUCGUGACCUUUAACGUGAGAGGCAUGGAUGUUACCACUACGCCAGCCUCCACUAGGUGCUGUUGUAUAAAUGCGUGAUAAUAUUGCACCUCAUUACAAAAUGAAGUUGGAAGGUGUUUUCUAAGAGUAAAAAAAAGAACAUCUAUAUCUUUCUCGGUCUGGGCCGUGUAUUUGGCAAAUUAUACGAACAGCUUUCAUACGAGCUUAUUUGCAAUGUGUCUUCUGUUUCGCUCACUCAUAUUGAUCUUGUAUUGCUGUUGCAUAUAUAUUAUACAAAUGGUACACUAGAAUUGGGAAUCAGCGCUUUUUCUGUUAUUUUUAGGCUCCUCAUUUAAUGUAAUAAAUCGGGAUGCCAAGAUCGGGAGGUGCUAAAAACUAAUUUUGGAUGCAGGUGUGUAAAAAUGUCAAUGCAGCACUCGUCAAACGGCAUAGUUUCCUCCUUUUUCUCAUUUGACAUCUGGAAAAGUUUAUCAACUAGCAAACGGAACAAGUUUCACACUGUAGCAUGAUUUAACACGUUCGUCGCCCAGCGCGAUUCACCUGAGUUUCCGGAAGGGGUCCAAAUUCGACUAUCGCUAGCACGAAAAUGACCGAAGAGACAAG